UGUUCUCAAGUUGCAGCAGCACACUGACGGCAAUACAGAGGCUGGAGUGAAGUUCUACAUCUAAACCUGGUCACUUAGUGCAACUGAAGCCAGUCCAUAUCCUGUUUAUGGUGUGAAAAGGAGGUAGUUUGGACCAGCAACCCAAGAGGUGAAGGUGUGGACAAGAGGCCUUUCCGGUUGAAAUGAGCGGAGAAAUCCUCACACCCAAAUCCGCACUGAAGUUAAAACCUCUUCUUCAACAUUAAAUGGCGUAACCUGUCUUUUAAGCUAUCCUUAAGCUGCCUUGACAGUUACUGAGAGAAGGACAUAUGCAUGAAGAUGAGGUGACACCCUGAGCACUAAUGAAGCAGGCAAGGAAGAGCAGCUUAUUGCCUGUGUCUGAGGCAAAGGUGGUAUCUGCCUCAGGAUUCCAUCUGAACACCUUGUGCUUACUGCCCCAGUCACCGUCUACCUCAGCACUGCCAGAUGAAUACUCCACACCAGCAGUGAUGGGCCAGACUGCAGUGCACCCAGGCCAACCCUCGAACAAUCCCGAAGCCAUCAAAGAGAUCCUGAGCUCGGUAUUGGAAACCUUUGAUGGCUUCAAACCUCUCGCAGAGAACUCUACAGCCAUUACAAGGCUAUCUGCAUUGACUGUGUUUCAAGAUGGAGCUUCGAAGGAUCUUUGGGAGAGUCGUGGUAAAGAUGAAGAACAGCGGCACUGUGUGGAGAUUGCUAUGAUGACCUGUCAAGGUGAUUCAUGCAGCAGUAGUUCAUCACUGACUCACUCUCCUGAAAAGUCCUCAAGCCGCAUUAUAUUCAACCCUUUCAGCAAACUCUUGACCUCUGUACAGUCUACAGCUUCCAGGCACAUGAGCUUCACAGGAGCUCCACCUUCAGUGUCUAAGGCCGAAGAACCCCAUUAUCAACGCUCUCAGUCAGACUCCAACAUCCAUCCAGAGAGAGCACAACAUGGGCCAAAUAACAGACCGGGUGAGACUAUUGUGUACACGAGUUAUCUCUCCAACCCUAGUUUCAGUGCAAGUAGAGCUCAGGAAAGGGAGAACACUCACCUGGUGGUAGCUGACAUGGUAAUCGCUGCGCUGGAGAAUGUGAAGAGUAAUAUGUAUGAACAGGCAGAGCUUCUGGAAGACUGCAGCUUGGCGAUUGUCCAAACCCCAGGAGAUGAGAUGAGCACCUGUAUUAAGAAGGAAGCCCAUUCCAACUCCGUGAACUCUGUGGAUAGUGGUUAUGAAUGUGGUUCUGCUUCCCAGUUGGAUGAUUGCUCUGAUGCUGGCUCCAAGUCUCUACUCGAAGACAAACAAAAUGGUGAUGCUGUUGGUGCUGAUGACGAUGAUUAUGAUGAUUUUGUGAUAAUAGAAUUUGAUGACGUAAUUUUUGGUUCUGAUGGCCCAUUAAAAUCGAUAGAAAGGCACUGCUUAUCUGCUGAAUAUUUGGCUCGCCGGCUGUUUAAAUCUUUCAGAGUGACUUGGUUACCCCCAGAGACUGAAGUGCAUCACUUUGACACAGUGGAGAAGGUGUUGGAUGAGUUCCUCCCUCUGAAGGACACUUUGCCUGGUGCAGAGGAAUCUGUAGAUCUGACACCAGAGUUCAAGUUAAAUUCCCGAUUGAGGGGGACUGCAGACUGGGCCCCACCUCGCUUUCAAAUCCUGUUCUUCAUCCAUGCACCACAGAGGAGAGAAACUGUUGUAGCUGCUCAGAACUCCAUGUGUGCUGGCUGUGGAACUCCAAUCGAACAGAAAUACAUCAAAAAGCUCCGUUACUGUGACUACUUGGGGAAGUAUUUCUGUGAGUGCUGUCACCACAAUGAGGAAUCGCCAAUCCCUGGUCGAAUCCUAAUGAAGUGGGAUUUCAGCAAACAUCCAGUCUGCCAUUUCUCCAAACAGCUGCUGGAAAGUAUAUGGCAUGACCCACUGUUCAACAUUUUCUACAUCAACAAGUGCCUCUACAGCAAAGUGAAGGAACUGAGAAAAGCCAAGGAAAUUCAAGAACAGUUGAUACACAUCAAAAAGCUGCUAAGAACCUGCAGACUGGCUGAAAGAGCCAUGAUCGAGUUCUAUCGGAUAUGUUCCCACCUGACAGAGGAGCUCCACCUUUACUCGUUGAAUGACCUGUUGAUGGUGAAGCAAGGCCUGCUGGUUCCAGGCCUGAAAGGUGCCCUCAAGAAUGUCCUCGCUCACGUGGAAAGCUGUGAGUUAUGUCUGGCCAAGGGCUUCAUCUGUGAGUUUUGCAAGAGCAGAGAUAUUCUCUUCCCCUUUCAGACAGAUCAAUGCAAACGAUGUGAUGAAUGCAAAGCCUGCUUUCAUAAAGAAUGCUUCAAAACUGAACAAUGUCCCAAGUGUAUACGGAUUCGCGCACGCAAAGAACUACUCCUGGCUUUCCAGCAGCCAGGAACAUGAGCGAUGUGCUGGGCAUUACGGUGGAAAUCGUCUGGGAAUGGGUCAAUUUCAAUUUUAAAAAGCUUAAAAGUAAGCUCCCACUUACUUUUUAGAAAAAAAAAGUUGAACAGUGAUGACGUCUGGAACGUCCACUCGUUUUGUUUUUUUGAAGUAUCUAGCAAGAAGUAUGAAACUACUCGGGUAUUGUUGCCUCAGUGAUACCAUUAAUAACCAUUCCUUUUAGAAGUAUUGGGUUUUUUUGCACUAGGGAAGGUUAUUUUGUUAU